AUGACAGUUCAACAUACAAUUGGAAUCUUUAAUUACGAUGGAUUAUCUUCAAUUAGUAGUUUAGUUAAAUUGUUACUUUUGAUGUUAAUUUUUUUCCAUUCAACUGUAAGUGGAUCGGAAAAUCGUACAGCUAAACAAUCUUCUAUUUUCUCAGGAUUUAAUAUUAACUUUUGUCGAACUCCGGACGGAAUUCCAGGGGAAUGUGGGGACAUUCGUCGAUGUAUUUGGCUUGUGUUCGAUGUUCAAAGACUUCGACAAUCAGUUUGUUUCCGUAAUCUUUUAUUUCCAGGAGUUUGUUGUCCUAAUCCGAUUCCAGGAAUUCAGCCACCAAAUCAACCACCAAUUUUACCUUCUUCAAAUGGUCAACCACCAGUUUUAACAUCUCAACCAUCAACAACAUCAAAUCAUCAAAUCUCACCGAGCCAAUCAUUUGUUUCCCACCCAAUUAACUCAAUCUCAGUGACCACUAAUCGUCCAUCAAUUUUAAUUACAAAUAAACCUUCAUCCUCAUCGGGUGGUAAUCAAUAUGAGGUUAUUAAUAAACCAAAUCGUCCUCUUUGGACAGUUUCAUCAACUUCGACCACAACAACACCGACCACAUCGAUUUCAACAUCAUCGACAACAGUUUCACCCUUAAUCUCAACAUCAUCAUCAACAACAACCCGUCGACCAACCGGAUCUUCAACACCAUCAACACUUUACUCUAACAAUAGUCUACCCGUUUCUUAUAAAGAUUGUGGUACAUCAGGUAAAGACAGUCGCAUUGUUGGUGGAUUUGAUGCUCGAACGGGUCAAUGGCCUUGGAUGGCCGCCAUUUUUCUGGAUAAACCUAAAGGUCGUGAAUUCUGGUGCGGUGGAGCUUUAAUUAACGAGGAGUACAUUUUAACCGCUGCUCAUUGUCUUUCAGAUCCUCGAGGAUUCAAGUAUGUUACUCAACAGUUAACGAUAAGAUUAGGAGAUAAUCAUUUAUAUCGAGAUGACGAUGGGGCCGUUCCGCAAGAGUUUAAGGUUCGAACUAUUUAUCAACACCCUGAGUUCCAACGACAUGGAUUUUUCAAUGAUAUUGGUUUGAUUCGGAUUCAGGGAAGAGCUCGAAUGGAUGAUUUUGUCCGACCGAUUUGUUUGCCUUUAGGCGAAUCAAGGACGAAAGAUCUUAAGGGCUACAUGGCCACGGUUCUCGGGUGGGGAACACUUUAUUACGGUGGACCAGGGUCAGGGGUCCUUCAGCAAGUUUCAAUGCCAAUUUGGGAUAAUCAAGACUGUGAUAAAAAAUAUUUCCAACCAAUUAACAAAAAUUUCCUCUGCGCUGGUUAUUUAUCAGGAGGAAAAGACGCUUGUCAGGGAGAUUCAGGAAGUCCAUUGAUGGUCUCAGAUCCCAAUUUGAAGUGGACAAUUUAUGGCGUCGUCUCGUUUGGCAAUCGAUGCGCUCAACCGGGUUACCCAGGGGUUUAUACUCGAGUUACUGAGUAUCUUGAAUGGAUUGGGGAAAAUAUUAAACAAUAAUAUCAAAAUUUA